AGUAGGACCGGUGCCGUUCUGCCUACUGCAGCCGCGGUAGACUACUUCCGUUCCGCAGAGGGCGACAGGCACCAGCCAGCCUCGACGGUGGCGGAGGUCCAGACACAAUAGAGAGGGUUACGGCAAUCUUCUGCAAUCCAAACCGGUAUGUCGGAUGAAGAUUCCCGUGCCAGCACCAGCUCUUCCUCAUCACCACCUUCCUCCAGCCACACCAGACAGAGGGACGCAUCUUGCAAGAAGAAACAGGAGAGCAAAGCCAGCAUGAGCAAGACCUCCAAGCUGCUUUCCACCAGUGCCAAAAGGAUUCAGAAAGAAUUGGCUGACAUUACACUGGACCCUCCACCAAACUGCAGUGCUGGCCCUAAAGGUGACAACAUCUAUGAGUGGAGAUCCACCAUUCUGGGACCGCCAGGUUCCGUGUACGAGGGAGGCGUCUUUUUCCUGGACAUCGCCUUCACACCAGACUACCCAUUCAAACCCCCAAAGGUAACUUUUCGCACGAGGAUCUAUCACUGCAACAUCAACAGCCAGGGGGUGAUCUGUCUGGACAUCCUGAAGGACAACUGGAGUCCCGCCCUCACCAUCUCCAAGGUGCUGCUGUCCAUCUGCUCCCUGCUCACAGACUGUAACCCAGCCGAUCCUUUGGUGGGAAGCAUCGCCACCCAGUACACGACUAACAGAGCUGAACAUGACCGAACGGCCAAACAGUGGACGAAGCGAUAUGCCACAUAAACCCACAGGGCAGCAGUGGGAGGAGCAGGAGGGGCGGGGGGUUCUGGGGCGUUUGUGUCAGGGGUUAUUUCUAUCUCAGAUUUUUAGUACUUUAUUGUCUGGUAUAUUUUUUUGCUUCCUGGUUAAGUUAUCUCCACAAAUAAGAUAAAUAAAGGAACACAAUGAAA